UACGGUGUUUAACGGUUGUUUCCUCCCGGUCGGCGCGUUGCUCGAGCCACCUCAUACGCAAUAUACAGUAAAAGGUACAGAUAAUGUAUAGAUAUUUUGUAUAGUUUAACUAAAUUGUUGGAGCACAGAGUCGCCGAGGAAUGACGUCAGGACGUAUCACAUUGAAUGAUGACGCCGCUUGAUCAUUAAAAAAAUCUGCCGUUAAAAAAAAAAAAAAAAAAAAGAUAUCAAGAGAAUUGGGUCAGCGAGCUAACGCGGUUCAGUGGCCACGCGAGGAGCUCCACCGCCGAGCUGCCGGUGCCUGCCCUCGGUAAGCUGCCCGGAGAGGAGCGCGAUGUCCGGCCGCGGCAGACGGAGCCGCAGCCGUUAGACCCGUCUGUCUGCUCCCUCCGCCGGGGGCUGGACACCCGCAAGCCCCGGAAAAAAACACACACAAAAAACCGUAAUAACGCGAGCUAGCCACUGUGCCUCGUAUGCCGGCCCGGCUGAACGGUCCACCGGGAGGGGAAGGACGGAGAGACACCGACGGACUGAACCCGGAGGACACGGCGCGCUCCGGUAGCAACACGGUGCACGCGGCUCCGGACUUCACAGAAAUACUUAAAUCCAGAAAGUCUAGAAACAUGUGAGCCGACACACCGAGGCCCAGAUCUUCUUCACCCGGAGGAGAAGCCGACCGACAGCCGGUUGACGAUGUCGAGCCGCCGGAAAUCCACCACGCCGUGCAUGGUGCUGCCCGCGGACGCCGCGGAGGAGAAAACCCAAAGGACGGAGGAGGAGGUGGAGGAGGUGGAGGAGGUGGAGGAGGAGGAGGAGGGGAAAGAGGGAGCGGAGGAGCUGGACCAGGCAGUGCUGGUGGUGCCCACCCCUCCAGAUACAGACGAGCCCGGCGUCUCGGCCGCGGACGGCGGCGGCGUCCUCGCUCCGUCGCUGAGGCGCGGCGCCGCGACUCCUCCCUCGCACCUCGGCAGCGACCGGCCGGAACGAGCGUGCGACGCGCCCGAAGAGGGAGGCGCAGACCCCGCGGCCAUGGCCGCCAUCUCCCUCAGCAAGACCCCCAUCAUGAGGAUGAAGACCAAAUCGGAGCCCAAACGCAUCGCCGUGUCCCUGAAAGCGCCGGACGAGGCGGCCGAGGGCUUCGGGAGGGGCGGCGAGGGCGACGCGGAGGCGGAGCAGGAGCCCAUCGAGGCGCCGCUCGGCCCGACGAUGACGCCCGUGGAGAUGCUGCUGCACGACGCCGUGAAGCUCGGGGGAGGCGGCCUGCUGGUCGGCCACUACUCGGAGCAGCAGAGGAAAGCGUCCGCUCUGAACCCCUCCGUCCUGCCCGCCGGCCUGGCUCAGGUGCUCUCUGCCUUCCAGGCGCAGCAGAGUGCGAUCGCCGCAGCUCAGUCCCAGCUGCUGAUCCCCCUCAGCAGCAUCCCGUCCUACAGCGCCGCCAUGGACAACAACCCCCUGCUGGGCAACACGUACAAGAGGUUUCCGUACCCCUCCAUGGCCGAGAUCAACGGCCUGGCGGCGCAGACGCAGUUCACGGAGGAGCAGAUCAAGGUGUGGUUCUCGGCGCAGCGGCUGAAGCACGGCGUGAGCUGGACUCCUGAGGAGGUGGAGGAGGCCCGGAGGAAACAGUUCAACGGCACGGUGCACUCGGUGACCCAGACCAUCACCGUCAUACCGGCCCAUCAGCUCUCGGCGGCGGCCAACGGCCUGCAGUCCAUUCUGCAGACCUGCCAGAUAGUGGGCCAGCAAGGCCUGGUGUUCACUCAGGUGGGCCCAGGUGGGCACCUUCCGGUGACCAGCCCCAUCACUCUGACCGUGGCAGGGCUGCCCAGUCAGUCCCAGAGCUCCAGCAGAGUUUCCUGCCAGCCCGCGGCAACCAACAGUGAGCUGAAACGGGCCACCACCAUCCAGCCGCCCUCUCUAUCCCCACAGGAGAACUCGGCCCUCAGCGCUGACACGUUUGGCUUGCGGCCCAAGAAGUCCAAAGAGCAGCUGGCGGAGCUGAAAGCCAGCUACCUGGAGAACCACUUUGCCUCGGAUGCGGAAAUUUCCCGUCUGAUGAAGAUCACCAACCUCACGAAGGGAGAGAUCAAGAAGUGGUUCAGUGACACCAGGUACAACCAGCGCAACUCCAAGAACAGCAAUGUCAUCGUUUUCCAUGACGGCGGCGGCGGCUCCAUUGUUAUUGACUCCAGCGACGAGACCCCCACAUCCCCCCACGCUCCACGCACGCCUCCCGUCAAGGACAAGGAGACGCGCUCCAAAAGCUGGAACCCGUUCCCGGAUUUCACUCUGCAGAAGUUUAAGGAGAAGACUCCGGAGCAGCUGGUGGUGCUGGAGGAAAGCUUCGAGAAGUGCGUCACCCCGUCGGACGAGGAGCUGAGCCGCCUGAGAACGGAGACCAAACUGACGCGGCGGGAGAUCGACGCCUGGUUCACCGAGAGAAGGAAAACGCCGCCUCUCGGCACUCCCUCCCCGGAUUCCUCGGAGGGGGGAAAGAUGGAGGCCGACGGCGCGAAAGCAGGAGGCGUUUCCUCCGCUUCCCCUUCCGCCUCUUCUUCUCGUCGAGGUAGUCAGACGCCCCCCGGCGGUCGCGGUAAGCAGCCGCCCACCAGCAGCAACAAAGACGUGAAAGACAAGAGUAAAAAGACUCCGGAGCAGCUCCACAUCCUGAAGAGGGCCUUCGUGCGGACGCAGUGGCCGACGCCGGAGGAGUACGACCAGCUGGCCGAGGAGAGCGGCCUCCUCCGGUCCUACAUCGUCAGCUGGUUCGGGGACUCUCGGUACUCGUGGAAGAACAGUAACCUGAAAUGGUUCUUCCAGUACCAAAGUGGCACCACCGAAGGGCCGAAUGGCGGCGGAGGCAAUAAAAUGGGCGGCGGCGGAAGCGGCACCGGUCGGAAAAGACGCGGCCGAAAUCGAGGCUGGGGGCGGUCCCGGACCAGGAGGCAGCCGAGAAGGUCGGCCUCCUCCGGCGCAGACGUGGACGGAUCCCCCCCGACGAAGAAGUUCAAGACCGGGAGGGAGAUCCUGAAGGAGUACUACGUGAAGCACCGAUUCCUCAACGAGCAAGACCUGGACGAGCUGGUCACCAAGGCCAACAUGAGCUACGAGCAGGUGAGGGAGUGGUUCGCCGAGGUGCAGCGGCGCCUGGACGCGGGGGCGGAUCCCUUCCUGGAGGCGGACGCCACAGGGAAGGCGGCGGACGGGGCCGCCGCGGGGGCGCGGGGGGAGGUGUCCGCGGCCGGCGAGGAGCAGACCGCCACUGGGAUGGGAGACGAGGAGGAUGAGGAUGAAGGAGACGAGGAGGAGGAGGAGGAGGACGGCGGCGGCGACGACACGGACGACAGCGAGGUUUGGGAGCCGUCACGUAGCGUCAGGAAGUCGUUGUCGGUCUCUGAAGACUAAGAGGUCGUGGAAAACUUGACGGAAUGUUACAAGAGGAACGGCGGCAUGAAGAAUGCUGGAAGACCGGCGGCUAAACCAAGUUUUUUACUCCUUUGCAACAUGAAUUUACUGUAUUUUCAAACUAUUUCUGACUCCACGUCCACAUGGGACUAAAACAUGGACGAUUAGCUUUAGCUCACUGUCGCUAUACUUAUCUUAUUUUACUGUAGGUCGUGUGCAACGGUUCCUCACGCGGAGGAUGGUCAUGUGGGAGCUUUUAGGAAACCCCUAAAACACCUUGCUCAUGAAAAGUUGCAGCAUAUUUUGACAAAAGGAAAACCAUAAAGUGCAAUCUUCAGGCUGAAGAUGAAAUCCCCCCCCCUCACCCCCACCUCCCCAAAUAAUCGAUGGAACUACUCAGUUACAUUUGACUUAAUAUCAUUUGAAGGGUAACAAUUUGACUUUACUUAUUUGGGAUCAAGAGUAAGUUGUUACGUUCCCGGUGAAAUACACCAGCCUGCUAUAAUAUAACCAUCCAGACAUCCGACUGGUGGGUUAUACCGUUUGUUUUUUUAAAGCUUCUUCUCCAGCUGUGAGACCCGUUUCUCGACAGAGAGAGUAUUCAAUAACCACCACACCUGUUGGUCGAUAUCCACCGUCACCCAAUUAUUAAAAUGUUCCACUGAGGGUGCAACACUUUAAAACGAGGGGGCCACCCAUGCCUCUGCACCCUCGUAGCGGCGGCUCCGUCUCGUCCUCUCUCUCUGAUAUUUGCCCAAAGAUGCAUCCUGACCCUCGUCGUAACACAAGAUAAACAAAUAAAUAGCCUUCUGGAAUAAUAAGUAUAUAUAUAUAUAUAUAAUCACUACCCUUACGCCAGUCGUUACUGGGGAAUGUAAUCGUAUUGCAGCGAUGUGCCACUGAGCAACGCCGAUCCAGACGUCUUCAUGUGAUGAAUCCUGACUGUCUGAGAGAUUCUGUGUUGCACUCCUUGCUCAAGUGAAGCCGGCGAGGGAGAAGUGUUCAUCCAGUUACGCUGCAUUUCCUCGGGAAGGUAUUUGGAGCCUCGUCCAAAACCAACAACACACGCAGAAAAAGACUCCUGAACAUGAACCGCAGCUAGGUGUCACUGCUGAGCAAAGUACCCAGCAUGCAUCUGUUUGUGGAACUUGAUAUUUCACAUAUGACGGCGUCCUCUUUUCUCUGAGAACCUGUGAGGUUCCUUUCGAGCCGCCGUGGAUUGACGAGUACAGAGUCGGGCAUUUUAUCUCAGAGACAAAAUACCCGACUGCUGAAUGAAUGCCGCAACGCUUUUAAAACGCAGGAUCGAGUCUUCCCUUGACGGCAUCUCGCUGCUUCGGUCGUGUCGGAGAUGUUUACCUGAACACGUACGGAUCCGAUGGGUGAUGAGUACGACAGCACGCACUGCUCGUCGUGUUUUCACACCAGUGUGUACACCCCGGAGUCACACAGAGCGAGGCUGACCUCCCAAAGUUGAAUGCGUGGUCUCCCGAGCAGUGAGGCAGGGGCGCCAUUUUACGAACUAAACAAUGGCCACCGUGAGGCAGACGUCUGGGUCCACUGGAGUAAUAACCGGGACGGAAAUAGUCUGCCGCGGGGCUUCGCUGAGAAAGUAGUCGCGGUGGGUGGAAAACGGGGAUUGAGAUCAUCGAAAGAUGACGAGUCGCAGCGUUGCGGAGGGUAGAAUGCUGCAGCUCCAGAGUCGACCCCCGAGUCCUUCAACCCCCGAGUCAGUCGCCUCCUCGCCGACACCUUGAGGGUUGAGGCUCGCGUCCCCCCAAAAACAACGAGGCCAUUUGUGGUCCGUUUAUGAUCCGGACCCGUACUUUUUAAGAGCAGUAUUUGAAAUAAUAAUUUGACUCCAAGUCUGCACUGAAGAGACAAAAAACAUGAAGCACCUAAAGUAAACUUUAAAAAAAGAAGCACUUUGUCCACUCGUCUGCAUCGUGGACUAAAUCCUGAUUUGGCACCUUAAUCUCUUAUUAUACCAUGAAAUGGCUCUGAGAGACCAACUCUGUUUUAUAUACAAACUGCACCAGUGUUUUGCCUUUUUUAAAUCCUUGAUGUGUUUCCCAGGAGGAGGAAUCAAUCGAUCCACUUUUCUAAUGCUAUGUGUUUCAUAUUUGGAUGUUUAUAAGGCUAAAAAAACAAAUAAUAGUCGAACAAUCACCCACCACUUUCUUUUUCGCUAUAUUGCACAAUUUGAGCAUAGUUUUUAAGCUUUUAUCUAAUAGAAGAAGAAAAUGCACACGUGUUCUAUUUGUCAUGUUUUGUAUUUCUUGCUGUAAAACCAUUUGAACUGUUUCCACCUCUCCUCCGGUCCUCUUUUUGUAAAAAGCGAAUCCCUCGACUCGUGACGUGCACUUCCCCGAGACGCGUUUCUGUAAAUGUGAGCCGCGUCCUGUUGUCUCACCGCAUCGUCUACAAACAACGGACAUCUUCAAAAAAGAUACUGAAACUGUUGCGCAAUUUUAAAACGGGACGUUUCUUGGAAGAAGAAGAAAAAAAAGUGCUUUGUUUUUUCGCCGUGUGAAGAAACAGCGCGGCGUUCCCUCUGUGGCGGGAAGUCAACCAAAUAUCCAUCCUCGCUCUCUCGUCACUGUCCUCUCGCUGCAGUCGACGGACGGGGACCCGUCCGCUCUUCGGAAACGGGGGAGCGACUCGGACGAAGCGUUGCAGAUUAACCUAUGUGCCUACAUGGCUCGUCCACGAGUUGGAACAUCGUUUUCACGCCCAAAGUCUCGACGGAAGACGGGAGAGAACGGGUUCAAAGCUCUGGGGGUCGCGUCCCGUGUGAGGCUCAAACGAAGUGGCCGAGCGCCGCUUCCUGCCGACGCCGGACGAUGGAGACGCCGGCUGCGCGUCCUCUAACGGAGACCUCGGCGCUCCGAAAUCGACGCCGGCAUCCGUCUGCUCGGACCCAGCAGGAGAGCGCGAUGUCGCAAUGUGACGAGAGCUCGGCCACGAAAAAUGACACAACUCAAAAUGUAAAAAGUAUACCUGUUUUUGUCUAGUACAGGGUUCGUACGGUCAUGGAAAACCUGGAAAAGUCAUGGAAUUUUGAAAUGUUCAUUUCCAGGCCUGGAAAAGUCAUGGAAAAAACUUAAAUCAUAAAAGUUUUGGAAAAGUCAUGGAAAUGUGUUAUCACAUCUUCAUUCACGCCGAGUUUGAAAUAAUGAAUAUGUUUUUUAAAGAAAGACGCUCAAAAUGUAAACCGUCGUACGCUCUCCAUACGCAACAUUUUCUAAAUUGUUCAUGUUUAUAACGAGAUUUCAGUUUAGUCGUGGAAAUUUGGUGAAAAAGUCCUGGAAAAGUUAUGGAAAUCCAUUGGUCAACAUGUGUAAGAACCCUGCUAAUACUGCAUGCAAUAACCAAGACAAACAACAGCUCAUUUUGUACAUACAAUAUUUUGGGGUUGGUAUACUCGGUAAAGGAGAAUCCUAAUCUGGGAUUAAUGCGCGUGUCUUUUUAAUAAUACCAGCUGCAACCACGGACCUGUUUUCUGUAUUUUGAUUCGUGGACACGUCGUCGUCCUUUUGCUCGUAACGACGUCAUCGCCACGCGUUGUGCCCCUUCUGUUGAAUCCUGGAAGUGCACGUGCUAAUCUGUGCACGUGCUCCAAAACCCGCUUGUUUUAGUCCUCAGGUUAAGUUUAGCCCCGCCCCCGGGUAUCCAGCCCUCCGUCUUUUACAGUGUGCUCCGUCUUUCCUAUAGUCACGUCUGUUUUGAAUGGUUUUUAUAUGUUUCUAUGGAUGAAAACUGUCUUCACAUCUCUCUCUCUCUCUCCGGACAUCAUGGAUUGCUUGUGAACGAGACGGACUAGAUCAAUAUGUACAAUAGAGUAGUGUUUAAAAGACGUAGAAUCAGUUGUAGAGCUCAGUCAGUAGCGCUCGCGUGGCUUUUUGGGUCUUUGGUUUAAAAAGUAUAGAAUCGCAACUCGAUAGAAAAGACGUGUUCCUAACGUCCUGGGAAAAAAAUGUGUUUAGUUUAGUCUCUAGUCCCAAAAUAAUCCGCUGAAAUCCGCCUUUUAAAAAAAUGUUCUGUCCAAAACGAGUAACUAUCUACUAAACCCUCUUUCAGAUAUGAAUCAUGCAUUUAAAUAUUAUUUUCCCAGCGACGCGUCUGCUCCUUGAGUUGUGAUCCGACCGUCGCGGUCCCGGCUAACGUUGUUAGCUCCGAGCUGCGAGUCGUGUCCCCGUUGUGCACAUGUCUGUACCCGCCGCUCCGCUUCUGUAGGCCGCUAGUUUUCUCUCUCUAGACAGGUAGUUGGUGGAAUGUAUUCUUACAGCAAUCAGAGAUUCACAUGUUGUCACUAUAGAGCAGCAGCCAGCUUUAAAUGGCACAAAAGAUGAAAAAGAAACGUGUGAGAAUUGUAAUAAAACCGUUUGAUGAUUUUUUUCUUUACGGUACAUUUUUCACCUAGUUUUUGGACGGUUUGUAGCCCAUGUGUUGGCGUGCUUUGCUUUGACAUGUUCCACUCUGCUCCUGUGCUACUCUCUACUCCUCUACAGCUCGCUGACCGAUGCCGCCUGACUUCAGUCGGGUCACAAAGAUCUAACUGCCCCUAAUAAACAUUGGAAUGGAA